AUAAUCUACUUGGUUUGAUGUGCUGAACCCGUGGAUAAAAGGAAGCUACAUAUGCUUUGCCUGCUCAGUUUCAUUCCAUUCCUCGGUUCUUAGGUUCUAGCUGACCAUGAUCGUAACUAAAGUGUUCUUGUGCUUUGUGGUAGUUUUGCUUUCUGCACUGAAAGUGUUUGGUGUCGAGGAAAAUGGCACAAAACCUUCCUUCACCGGGUUCGGUUUCGAAAUAAUAAUGGCCAAGUUGGAAUUCCUUCAGUACAAGCUGAUCGAGAUGGAAUCUGCCAUGAAGGAAGAUCGAGAGACGAUCGAACAGAAGCUGUGUUUUACUUCUGGCUUAAAUCUUCGGAGUGUUUUGUUUCCAUCGUGCAAGAAGAACCCAUCGAAGAGAUCGGGCAAGUACUUUAUACAGCCUACUGAAAACGACGAACCAUUCCUGGGAUACUGUGAGCAGACUGCUUUCGGUGGAGGUUGGCUUGUGUUCCAGCAUCGUUACGACGGAUCGGUGGACUUUUACCGCAAUUGGACAGAGUACCGGAACGGUUUCGGAAGCGUCGAUGGAGAGAUUUGGCUUGGCUUGCAACACUUGCAUCAGAUUACUUCAGAACGAAAGCAUGAGCUGCUUGUGGAGCUGAAAGACUUCGAAGGAAACUACAAGUACGCACGGUAUAGUGAGUUCGAGAUCGGCAGUGAGGCGGAGCAAUAUUCGUUAAAGAAGCUGGGAUCGUAUACAGGAACGGCAGGUGACUCAUUGACGUACCAUAAGGGUAUGAAGUUUACAACCAAAGAUAGGGACAAUGAUGAAAGUAGAAGUAUGAAUGGUGCUGAGAAAUAUGAGGGAGCUUGGUGGUACAAGGAAUUUCACCUGUCCAAUCUUAAUGGACGUUAUAAGAAUGCUUGGGACUUUAAAAGCAUGUUCUGGUACAACUAUAAAUUAAAAUCUAUUGGUUUAGCAUACUCAAGAAUGUUGAUUCGGGAAACAUAACCGAUAAGGCGCUGUUGUUAGAAACAAUAUUUUACAAUAGUAAAACAGAAGCGUCUUUUGCUAAACCAAGUGUUUCAUUGCAUGUAUUAGUGAGAAAAUAUAUAAUAUGUUGUAGCAUGCACAUGCACAUGCUAUACUGUUUUCAAUCAGUUCACACACAUUUCUUAUUACACUUAAUAAACACAAAAUUGUCAACACAACACAACACACAAAAAGACCAAAUUCCAACCACUCAAGAUACCAACACAACCCAAACCACAUAAAUAACCUUACGUCAGGAAUUGUAAGUCAGCAGAAAAACCCUUAUCCAAAAACACUUAAAACACACAAGCGACACACAACCCCGGAGGUGCGAAAAAACCUUACCCAGCACAAAACGCUUCAAGUGGGUAAAGCGUAAAAACACAGCAUUGCAUAAUAGCAACCAACAGUUAAUAAAUAAUAAAUAAUUAAUGAUACGGCCAACCAGGCCGUCCUUACGAGAAAUAAAAAAAAAAAGUUAAUAAAUAAUGAAAUAGGAGACACCGUACCUCGUGUGUACAAACAGAACCGUAAGCGUAGGAAACAAAACACCGCGUAAGCGUCAGAACCAAGAACUGACCUUACAUAAUAAGCACAACCAUAUGUAAACUCAAAACUUGACAUUCAGCAUAAUUGACACAAAAUAGAAAGUAAAGUAAAACCAAAUCUAACUAAAAGGAAAUGAAUCGUAUAAAUAAAGAUGUAAGAUGAGACCGAGA